AUGUUUGGUCUUCACGUUCUUCUAGGCCUCUGUGUCUACUUUCUUCUCAUCAGCGCCUUCCCCCUUGACGACUACCCUCGCGACCUGAAUGCUUCAUUUCUCGCAAGUAACAUCUCCAAUUCCCGCGUCGUGAUCACUGACACCUCCGCGGACGACUACCUGACCCUGCUCAGUGCGCCCUUCGAUGUCGCCAAUCCCAAUCCUGUCGACAAAGGCUUUGCCCACGACGAUUCCGACGGUACGGGAACGACGAUCUUCGCCAUCGACACUGGGUUCAACCUGGAGAAGUAUCCAGAUGAGCAGUGCCUAGAUCAGCGAAAAAUUGAAACGUAUCUGGUCCCAUGGUCCUAUCGCGGCGUACCUCUGAGCGAUGCCGAAAAGAAGGACGGCUAUUACUAUCCACCAGACAACAUGGACGACGUUGGCGUGCCAAGUGAUAGCCACGAGAUCCACGGCCACGGAACCCAAGUGGCGAUCCUUGCCGCCGGCUGCAAGACCGGUGUCGCGCGUAAAGCCAACUUGUACCUCAUUAAGAUGAUGGAAGUAAUGAUGAAGUCAGGACGCGUCGAGGAGAUUCUCACCGGCCCAGACGCACAGCUUCAAGGGCUGCGGAAAGUCAUUUCCGUAGUCGGACGCUCCGAGGCCCCCCGAGGCAAAGCCGUACUUGUGAUGUGCGCCGGGAACUGGAGAGAGGAGGAUAUGAGGAGUCAAUAUGGCGCGAGGUGGGAGACUACCAAGGCACAAAUGAAGACCGCACUGUUACAGUUGGACCAUCUCGGCGUCACUAUCGUUAUGCCGGCGGGUAACGAUGGCGUAUCCGCAAAUCCACAGCAAGACCCCGGCUUCGUUCCUCGUUAUAUCGACCAGCAAUUUCCACAAAAUUUGGCGACGGCGGAUAGUCCAAUGUUGCUGGGCGAGGGCGUCAACACCUACGAUCUUCAGCUGUCCAAUCGCAAGUUGAAAUCAGGUACCAGCUUCUCGGCGCCGAUUGUGGCUGGCCUGGCUGCCUACAUACUCGGCCAGGCGUCAAACCCAUGUCCUUACAACCCCACGUCAGCGGUUGAAGAAGAUUCGGUAGGAAUGUGCAUGAAGAAAUACUUGACCAGGACCGCAUUCCAGCGGGUUGAUGCCAACAACCUGCUUUCAAAGGAUCCAUCACAGUACAAAUACGACAUUCCGCCGAGCAUUCUCGUGGUGUCCAACGGUGCCAGCGUGGACACAGAAGAGGAAGAGGGUGAGAAUCCGGAUGCGGAUCCUACUGCUUGUUGGUCGGAUGAUACCCGGGGGCAGUGUAAGAUGGCGAACAUCACUGGCACCUGGUUCGAGAAGUAG